CACGGCAGUAUUAUUUUAUCACUCCUGAGGUAACCCUCUCAUAUAUGGCGCAUCCAACGUGAAAUAAUAACAAGUUCGUUCGAAAGUGUAGUUGAAAGUACAUUUCUUUAGUGAGUGUGUCGAUAUGCCGCCGAAAACGAGAAAAGCGGCCAGUACAGAGCCCGAGACCGACGAAGAACCGCAAAAUGGCGGUGAUGAAGAAGCUCGCGAGGCGGACACAGCCGACGCGGUGACUACGGCAUUGGCCGACAUUAAUAUGUUUUCGACUCAAAAUGUGCAAAACAUCAUAGAGACGCUACAGCGAUCGCAGACCGAAGCCCUGAAAGAGUUGUUACAAUCAGUAUCGUCGCGUACUACGUCGUGUACAGCUCAAGGUCAAGGAACGUUAACGGGCUGCAAGACCACUUUCUCCGGCCAGCCGCAGGAGUCAGUGGAAGCUUUUAUUGACGCAGUAGACGCCUAUAGUGAAUGCGCACAGGUUUCGGAUACAAAUGUCCUGCGCGGUCUGGCGUACCUUCUAAAAGAUAACGCGGCGACAUGGUGGCAGGGUGUGAAACAGCAAAUUACUUCAUGGCAGCAGGCUAAAGAGAAUCUUAUAAGUGCCUACGGUGACCGCCGCCCGCCCCAUCGCUUAUAUAUAGAGAUAUUUUCAUCGCCACAGCAAACGGAAAACACCGACGUGUUUGUGGCGCGAAUACGUUCCCUUUUCGCGCGACUCCCCGAGGGAGAUAUUUCCGAAAAGGCGCAACUUGACAUGACGUACGGACUCAUGAAUAGCAGGAUAAGGAAGAGGCUACGGAGGGAGGACUUCGCAACUUUUAAAGAGCUACUCCGCCGUGCGCGAAGCGUGGAAGAUUCUUUCGACGAGGGGGAGAGGAAACAAACACCGUCGCAGGCUUCAAGCCGCACGGUGACCUCAAACCAACGCGCGCCUCCCGCUUCAACAACCACGGCGCGUACGGGUACAUCGCAUGCCAGCGGCGCCGCGGCCGCGCCGCCCCGGGCGCCGCAAUCGUCCGCGCUCGCGCAGCCGCGCGCGCCGGCGCCGACGCCUGCUCAACCGGCGGUCGCGCAAGGCACCGGCGCUGCAGUCACCAGUGUCACCACCGCCGCCGCCGCGGACGCGACCGCGAAAAAGCUGCGACCCGUGUGUGCGUACUGUCGAAGGUUUGGACACUCCAAAGACCAAUGCCGUAAGCUCAUGAACUCAGGUGAGUCCACGUCUAAGAAUAACUCUGCAAAUAGUGCAAAUGUGCCAUCUAACAGUGAAACAAGUGAUAUUAGCUUUUAUAGUGUCGAUUUUAACCCGUGCAAUAUCACGUCGAAAGAUAGAUCGCAAAAUCCCUAUUUUGCUAUGAGUGACACAUGCAGCAAUUUGAGCCCUAUUUCCCGCGGACCGCUUAAGUCUACUAUAGUUCCGAUGUGUUCUAGUAAUAAUUCAAUAAUUUCAAGUGAAGUCGCGCGAAAAGGUUCGAUGAUGGAUAGUCGUGAACAAAACGAGCCUAAUAUAUCAAACGGUCCUAACCCACUUUUGUGCGUAUUUAAUAAUAAUCGUGCCUGUAACAAUAAUAAUAAUGAUUACUCGUCGUUCGCGUCAAAGUGCAUUAACCCUUCAAAUGGCAGGGGCGUUACGGAAGUUGACAUGUUUUUUGACGCGGACUGUAGUAAAAUUUCUGACGAUGAGUUGUUAAAUCUGUACAUGACUUAUGUUGAUGGGGAUUGCGAGACAGUGAGUCGAACGACAAGACCGAUUUUUAAUAUAGAGAUUUUAGGCGUGAAAGGCACUGGUUUGGUAGACACGGGAGCGAGGCGGUGCGUCGCGGGACACACGCUAUAUGCUAUUCUCUUGCGUCGGAACCAUCCGCUUCGCACGAUAACGCGCAACAUUAAGCUUGCUGAUGGGGUGUCGCGUACAAUGGAAGUACUAGUUACUGUAUUAGAGGUGCGAUUAGAACAGGAAAUCGUUAAAAUUCCGUUCAUAAUUUUCCCUUACGCGACUAAUAAUGAAACGUUGUUAGGCAUCGAUUUUCUUACUGCUGCCGGGGUAGAUAUUGAUUUCCUCGAGUUGGUAUGGUGUUUUAGCAGGAACCGCACCGUUCAGUAUAAACUGUGUUUCGAGCCUACUUCGCCCAGUGUAACCUGUGCUGCCACAAACGUCCUACGGGCUGACGAGGGAAGUCAUCUUACUCCAGCUGAGCGUCAAGCGCUCGCUGGCGUUCUUACUAGGCACGCACACGUCUUCACACCAGGGGGAGCUCCGACCCCUUACGCUGAGCAUCGGAUAGAAACAGGUGAGCAUCCUCCUAUAGCAGUACCGCCUUAUCGACUCAAUCCAGCCAAGAAGGACACCGACCAACCGGAUAUUUCUCUCGGUAGAUACCACACUCAGGACCUUACCCGUUACCAAGGUAACGAUGACGAUACCCCUCGACCUGUUAUUCCUAAGAGGAAUCGUGGACGUCCAGCUAAGGCUGAUAGGAAUGAUAGGGUACUAGUCCAGGAGCGGGGGCGUUCUCCAGGACUAGAGGGGGAGCAUAUAGCAAACCGAGUAAAGCGCGCCACUCGUGGACAACUCCCGGCGCGAUAUAGUAAUUAA